CAUUAUCGUUCAUUUGAAGGAAUAUCUCUAUUUGAUCGGUUUUAACCUAACAUCUGAUUAUUGGUUUCCUCAAUUGAAUAUCUCUUUUUUUCAAAGUUGUUCUUCUAUGUUAUUCAUUAGUUCAUAAUUUACAUCUUUUUUGUAUGAAAGACCAUAAAAUGCAUGAUAAACACUUAAAUUAAAAAAGGUCCUUGAUAAGCAACAGAGGAAAUCCUAAAAUUCAAGUGGUAGCCUACGCUGGUUAGCACCCUUCCAUUGAUGCAUGGAUAAGUUGGUUGGAGAUGUUGGGCUUUUGUCCAGGAAUUGAAGUUGAAUCACGUUUGAAGAAAAAAAUCUUAGAGGGCAGAACAAGGAUGAAGGAAAUAAGAACACUUGGAUUUUUCCGGUUCACACCCGGAACAAGAAGUAGGUUGAAUUAGGUUUGAGUUAUCUGAUGAUAUUUGUUAAGUAGGUUGACAUACUAGUGCACAAAAAAGGGUACCUACCCAUAAUCGAUCUUGGAAAAAAAACAGAAUCGGUUGUAUUUGUACCUAUGUAUUAUAUACCGUGUGGUGGUGGCAACAACUACAUAAAAGGUUAAAACCCUCACGGCAGAAUUCAUCUUUGCAACGAAUCUGGAUACUUUGCGUAACAUUAUAUCAGAAGAUUUUGACAAAGUUAUCUACAUCAACAGACAUAGAUUGAACGAUCAGCCAUAAAAGGUAAGUUAAACACUUACUUUCAAAACACUAAGCCCAUGAUGAGCAACACUGGGAAUCCUGAAGUUCAAAUGGUAGCAUGCCAGGUAAGGUCGCUCUACACCAAAAGCGACCGGAUUCUCGUGGUGCACGAUGAUAACUUGUUGUUUGCUCAUUUACUAACUGCGAAACUAAAGUGUGGGAAGAACAUUACCAUGGCAAAGCCUACCCGCAUCAAGGCUGAGAGCGAGGGCGAGGCAGCCAAAGGCGAGGAUGAGGCAGCCAAAGGGAAGGGGAAGGGAAAGGGUAAAGGCGAGGGCGAGAGCGACAGAGAGAAUUUCCAACAAGCUAGUGGUGGUCACCGCUUCAAGAGGCUUAAAGCUCUUGGGGAAAAAGUAUUAUUUGAAACGGAUUUGCACGAUUUGUGUGACAAGAUAGUUAAAGAAGAUUAUGACAAAGUUGUUUAUGUCAACAGGCGCAAACUGAACCUUUAGGCUAUCAAAACUGAGUUGAACACUUACUUUAACACGACCAAGCCCGUGACAAGCAACAGCCAGAUUCAGGAUCCCGAAACUCAAGUGGCAGUUUGCUCCGGUCAAGUUAAAGACUCCCCUACUUGGGAGAUGGACAAGAUCGCGGGAGAAGCCAAGCUUUCUCCCUUGGGGGACCCAGAUGGAUUCGAGCUUGAAGAAGAAAACUUGGGAAAACGAAGAAGGGAAGGCUUGAAUCAUGGACCUUCGAUGUUCAUAGGUUUAACAUCAACAAAAAAGAAAAAGAGUGACUCAGUACUUGAAUAUCGGUGACAUAUCUAUAUAUAUAUAUAUAUAUACACAUACAUAUAUAUAUAUACACACACACUUACUAUGUGGUCUCAUGGCGAACGAAAACGACACUGUUUUGAUUGGACUGACAUUGUUUCUUUCUUAUGCUGAAAAUGACACUGUUUUGGAUUGGCCAAAUAUUAGGUCUUAAUAUUAGGUCUUAUAGGCAGAAACUGAGGCUAGUUAUAUGGCAAUAAUUAUGAUUUACAUUUCUAUAUUUAGAAUUGUAAUAGUCUA